AUGAGUUGUAAACCCACUCCCCUUGUUCCAGAUUGGGAAGCCCUGAAGGAAUGCGGUAACCAUGCGUUUAAGAGUAACUUGUUCAAAGAUGCUGUGGAUAUCUAUAGUAAGGCUAUCAACGCUAAGGCUGACGAACCAGUACUGUAUUCCAAUAGAAGUGCUGCAUUUCUGAAACAAUCAGAGUUUAACCAAGCUGCUGUGGAUGCUAAGAAAGCAGUAGACUUGGAUAAGACCUUUAUUAAGGCAUAUUCCCGUUUACAUAGUGCACUCUGUAAUUUAGGUGACUUUAGAAGAGCUGCUGAGGAAAUGAAAAAUGGUGUUAUUGAAUUUAAUGCAAAAUCCAGUGAUGCCAAAGCAGAAGAAGAUCUGAAGCUUCUAAAGGAGCUGCGAACUAGUGCAGAGAAUGCUGAUAAAGCCUUUCGACGAGCUGAACAAUUAGUAGCAGAUGGCGAUCACCAGGGUGCAUGUCGUGUUGCAUCGGACGUACUGCGGCAGUUUCCUAAUUGCGCAUCAGUAGCGUUUCUUUAUGCUGAGUGUACUGUUUUCAAGGAUCCUGAGACCACAAGCAAGCUAUUAGCUCAGUUUGCCGAUCGGUACUCUAACAACUCGCAUUACUUAUACCUCCGUGCUUUAGUACUAUAUUAUCGAGGCGACAGUAGCUUUGCGAUUGCACAAGAAUUGCUCAAACAAGCCCUGGAGUUGGAUCCCGAUAACAGCAAAUUUUCUGUUCUUCUUAAGAAAAUUCGAAAUAUCGAGAGACACAAGGAGGCAGGGAACAAUUUUUUUCGGCAAAAAUGUUCUAGGGAGGCUAUCGAGGAGUAUACUGUUGCUAUUCAGGCUGACACGACGAAUGUUCGCGUUAACGCUAUCAUCCGUGGAAAUCGUGCUGCUGCGCGGAUGGAUGUUAAGGAUUUUCAGGGGGCCUUGCUUGAUUGUGAUUAUGCGAUCAAGAAUGGUGUAGACAGCGCGAAACUUUAUGCGCGCCGCAGUCGCGUUCGGGAGCGCCUGGAUAUGUACGAUGACGCUCUUCAUGACAUGCAACAUGCAGCGGAAAUAGAUAAUAAAUUUACAGCCGAGCUGCAGCAAUUGAAAGUGCGCGUCAAGCGAGCCAAGCGUUGUGAUUACUACAAGAUUCUAGAUCUUUCGCCGAAUGAAUCGGACGACAGUACCAUCAAGCGUGCAUAUAAGAAAGCGUGCCUGCAAUGGCAUCCCGACAAGUGGGCUCAUGCCAGCGAAGAGGAGAGGGCUCAUGCCGAGAAAAAGUUCAAGGAUAUUGCUGAGGCGUUUGGUGUUUUGUCCGAUCCCAAGAAAAAGCGUCUCUACGACUCUGGUCAGAUGGACAAUGAUGUCGAGGGGUCGUAUCAAGCCUCGACUGGUUUUCCAGCUGGAAAUGAAGAUGUUAUUAACAUAAUGAAUAUGAUGUUUAGUGAUGGAAGGAUGGGUGGAUUUUCCAAUGGGACCUUCCAAAGGACUACUUUUGGACGUGGGGGUAAGCGGCGUGGCAAUGCUAACAGUUUUUUUACUUAUUCCCAAUUCUAA